CCCCCCCCCCAACCAUGAGUCUGAAACCCGAAAAUGGAGGUCUUGCUGAGAAGGAUAUCAACGCUGCUCCGGCCUUCAGUAGUGACCCAGAAAAUUUGGUCGAAGUCAGCGAGAACAGGCUUCACCAAGAUCUGAAAGGCAGACACAUGCAGAUGAUUGCCAUUGGUGGUGCAAUUGGUGCUGGCCUGUUUGUUGGCUCUGGCAGUGCUUUUAUAACUGGUGGACCUGCUUCUGUGCUUCUUGGUUUCAUGAUUGUUGGCGGCAUGGUCUACCUCGUCAUGCAAGCUCUCGCAGAAAUGGCUGUCAUGUACCCGAUCAACGGAGCCUUCACUAUGUACAUCUGCCGCUUCGUUGAUCCCUCUUGGGGUUUCGCUUGCGGCUGGCAGUAUGCCAUCAGCUGGCUGACUGUCCUUCCUUUUGAGAUCUCAGCUGCUUGCAACAUCAUCCACUACUGGCCCGGAUCGGACGGCGUCAACAACGCUGCUUGGAUCGUCCCACUGCUUGUCGCUUUGGUUGCCAUCCAGAUCUUUGGCGUGAGGGGCUAUGGCGAGGUCGAGUUCGUCCUCAGUGUUAUUAAGGUUAUCGCUUGCACAGGCUUCAUAAUUCUUGGAAUAAUCAUUAACUGCGGCGGCGUUCCAACAGAUCACAGAGGCUAUAUUGGUGCAAAAUACUGGCACUCGCCUUACACUGCAUUCCUCAACGGCUUCCACGGCUUUUGUACUGUUUUCGUUACAGCAUCGUUCGCUUAUACUGGAACUGAGCUCACUGGACUAGCUGCUGCCGAGACUGCCAACCCUGCAAAGGAAAUUCCAAAAGCUUCCAAGCAGGUUGUUUGGCGUAUCGCCAUUUUCUAUAUCGUCAACCUCUUCCUUAUUGGGUUGAUCGUACCAGCCAACAGUACCUUGCUCACUGGCGCAGGAUCCGAAUCCCGUCACUCACCUUUCGUCGUCGCCAUUCAGCUCGCUGGCAUCAAGGCCCUCCCAUCAAUUUUCAACGCUGUUAUCUUGAUUUCUGUUAUGAGUGUCGCCAACUCCUGCACUUUCGGCUCGACCCGCACGAUGCAGGCUCUGGCCGCACAUGGCAUGGGUCCCAAGUUGUUUGCUUAUGUUGACAAAAAGGGACGUCCUAUUUCUGUGGUCAUCCUUCAACUCCUCUUUGGAUGCUUAGCUUUCAUCAAUUUGGCGAAGAAUGGUGGAGAUGUUUUUACUUGGCUUUUAUCAUUGUCAGGUCUUUCCAUACUAUUCAUUUACGGCAGUAUCGCUUUGGCUCAUAUUCGCUUCCGCAAGGCCUGGGCCGCCAAUGGUCACUCCGUAGACGAGCUGCCCUUCAGGGCCGCCUUCGGUGUUUGGGGCUCCUGGGUGUGCUUGAUCAUCAACGUCCUCUGCCUUAUCGCACAAUUCUACGUCGCGCUGUACCCAGUCGGGGGUCCCAACUUGGAUGCUAAAACGUUCUUCGAAGCAUACCUCGCCGGUCCUUUCCUUAUCGGCCUAUACGUGAUCUGGAAGGUCUACAGCUGGUUCGUCCGACCAGAAGAUCGCCCACUAUACGUCAAAAUAAAGGAUGUUGAUAUCUACACUGGUAUGAGAGAGAGUCAGCGAGCCAUUAGUGGUGUAGGUGUCUCGGAGGAGCAGAGACGCGCUAGCAUCGCCGAAAUGCAAGAUGGGAAGAAGAGAGGUCCUAUGGAUUACAUCGUGGCUGGUAUCAGAAAUAUCUUCUAAAUUGUAGCAAGAUCAUCGUUCGCGAAUACCGUAAAGACGGUCGAGAACGACGACUGGGCCGCCAUUGAGAGUCUACGUCCGCCAGCAGAGGCUUUGUUCUCCAUCUAAUAACAAUCUUAUUGUUUGCUAGAACAAAGAGAGUUGGGCAUAUUUCCUUAUCUUCUUAGACAUUGGGUGUAUAUACAGUCACAGUUGAUCAAUCUAUAAGGUGCACGUUCCUCUACAAA